AUGUCGUUUCGUGGAAGAGGAGGUGGCGGUGGUCGCGGUGGUUUCGGAGGCCGCGGUGGAGGACGUGGUGGCUUCGGCGGUGGCAGAGGCCGAGGUGGUGGAGGUGGAGGUGGCUACAGACAACAAGACCUCGGCCCUCCUGAAUCGGUUAUCCCGCUCGGUCAUUAUGGCUGGACAGUUCAAGAUGACUUAGUGUGUAAAGUAGAUAUUGAAGACGUACCUUACUUUAACGCACCAAUUUUCUUAGAAAAUAAAGAACAAAUUGGCAAAAUAGAUGAAAUUUUUGGAAAUUUACGAGAUUACUACGUGUCAGUAAAGCUAGGAGAAAAUAUUAAAGCAAAGAGUUUCAAAGAAGGGCAGCAAUUUUUUAUUGACCCAGCGAAGUUAUUACCAUUGAAAAGGUUUCUGCCUCAACCUCCAGGUGCUAAGAGAGGCGUAGGCCGCGGCGGGCCUCGAGGAGGUCGUGGUGGAGGAUUCAAUAGGGGAGGUGGAGGUCGCGGCGGUGGCGGCUUUAACAGAGGUGGAGGAGGCCGGGGAGGUGGUGGUUUCAACAGAGGCGGUGGUGGUGGUGGAUUUGGCCGUGGAGGUUUUGGACGUGGUGGAGGUGGUGGUGGUAGGGGAGGUAACUUCAGAGGUGGUCGGGGAAGAUAUUAA